AUGUACAAACUGUUAACUGAACAAAACAAUGCACAAACCCAAAAGUUAACAAAGCAAAUACAAGAAAGUGAAUCGAAUGUUACAAGGAAAUUUAAUUCAUUUAAUCGGAAAAUAGAAAAAAUACACGAAAAGAACGUUUCUUUUGAACGCAAAAUCAGACGUAACAACAUUUUACUCUUUGGAUUUAAUUCUGAAAAUUGCAACAGCCUAAUAAAGGACACCCUUGCCAAGCUUAACGAACUUUUCGGCACAAACAUUAGAGAAUCCGAUAUAAAUAACUUAUAUAAAUUGGGAAGAAAGGGAGACUCACCAAUUCUUAUUGAGUUUCUGUCGUAUUUGAAAAAGUCCGAACUAUUCAAAGACGCAGAAAAGCUUAGAGCCCUUAAAAACACAGGUUACGCCAUUUCUAAUGACUUGUGCAACGAAGACAGGGAAGAGCUUAAAAUUAUAAAAAAACAUUUUAAGAAAGCUAGGGACGAAGAGAAGCAAGUUAAAAUAAAAGGAUUAACUUUGGAACUAGAGGGAAAGAUUUAUACCGCAAAACAACUAGAACAGUCGGACACUGAUACAGACUCUGGUGGGUCGAACAAUUAUUCAGAACCAUCAUCCUUGGAAGAGGAGGAGGAAGAAGUAAUCGAAGAGGAGUAUAGGAACAAGACCAAUAAAACAGAAGAGUGUCGUCCAGAAAAAGCCAAAAAGAAACGAAAGAAAAGCAAAACUCCCAGUCCAAUUGGCGCUCACACCAGAUCUAAUAAAAAAAGAAGAUAA